AUGGUUGAGGUACGAGCGUGUUUCUAUUUUUCUGUGUUGUUCUUGUGCUUCCAUCUGGCUACUGGAAAGCCAUUCUUGGGAUUUUUGUUCUGCGACUUUUUGUGUGAUGAUGACGACGACUCUUCCACUACAACCACUGCUAGUACCGAAGAUCCCUGGGACAUAUUUAUGUGUGGUGGAUGUGGAACAAGGAGACCGAGGACAACGACGACACCAAGCCCUUUAAUGCCGAACCCUAUGCGAACACCUAUAAACUUUGUGAUUCCUGCGUCAUCGAAUGCCAUGAAUCUAACAUGGUAUCCUGGGUCGAAUGGAUUUUUUAUGAUGCCUUGGAAUCAAGGUGGUGCUCCACCUGCUAACGGAGCUGCAGGAAGUCCUCCGCCGACUACAGCCGCUCCAGCGACUACCGCUGCAUCAACAGCUGCUGCGCCUGCUGCCUAA